AAAAAAAUUGAAAACAAUUUGGAAUUAUAGCGGUUAGAUAAAUCAUCACUUUCCACGUAUUCACCUUUCUAUAGACACGGUAAAAAGCUACGCAAUUGGGGAUGACGAUGAUCUGAAACGAAACCCUAAUUUUUUAAUUUCGGCGAUUCAACCUAAAUUUGAGUAAAAGCAACAAACACUAUGGAAUUAGCAGACAGAGCAGUGGGAUUUCUCUUAUCAUUUAUUAGCUUGUCAAUUUUCACGUAUUACACCUUUUGGGUAAUCAUCCUGCCAUUUGUUCACGGUGAUCAUUUCGUGCAUAAAUACUUUCUACCUCAAGAAUAUGCGAUCCUCAUUCCUGUGUUUGCCGGUGUGACGCUCCUAAGCUUCUUGUGUAUAUUCAUUGGAUAUGUGAUGCUAAAAUCGAAAAAGAAAAAGGCUUAGAAUUCAUCUUUCAAGUUUUCGGGUUCUCCUACAUAUACUGCUUCAAGACAUAUCUGUCAUGUAUGUUGUGAUCGUAUUCGCAGUGUCAAAUGUCAUCUUUUCUAUUUUCUUAGCAAUUUGUGGUUUAAAUACUUAUUUAUGCUUGGUUACUCAGCCUCGAUACAGUUUUGCUUCAUUGAAGACAUUUUGGCUGCACUGUAAACCACUAAAUUUAUAGUUGAGGUUUUUUGAGUUC